UCCCGCUCCGCCGCCAUGAGCUACAGCACGGAGCCGGCGGCGCUGGCCGCCUCCUACCGCCACCUCUUCGCGGAAGCCCCGCGGCGCCCCGAGAUGCCGGUGGGCCGGUGGGCACGCCAGGGAGCGGAGCCGGAGGUGGUGCGGGAGCGCGGCGCGGAGCCGCGGCGGGCGCGGGGCAGCGAGAAGGAGCAGCUGCAGGGCCUCAACGAGCGCUUCGCCGGGUACAUUGAGCGGGUGCGGGUGCUGGAGGAGCGGAACCGGGCGCUGGCGGCGGAGCUGGCGGCGCUGCGGCAGCGCUCGGACGAGCCGCGCCGACUGGGGCAGCUGCUGGGCGGGGAGCGGGCUGCCCGCAGCCAGGAGGCCGUGCGGGCCAGCCGCCGGGAGGCCGGCGAGUGCCGCCGCCAGCUCCAGGCGCGCCUGGUAGAAAUGGAGAGCCUGCGCGGAGCUCACCAGUCCCUGGAGAGGCAACUGCAGGAGCUGGAGGAGCGGCACAACGCCGAGGCCGCCGGCCUGCAGGACACCAUUGGACAGCUGGAGGAUGACCUGCGAAACACCAAAAAUGAGAUGGCUCGGCACUUGAGGGAGUACCAAGACCUGCUCAACGUCAAGAUGGCCCUUGAUAUUGAGAUAGCUGCCUACAGGAAGCUGCUGGAGGGAGAGGAGACCCUCUUCAACAUGGGAAGCGGUGGCCUUCCAUCACUCAAUUCCCUCCCCAGCCCUACUUACUCCUUCCAGCCAAGGAGCUUUAGUUCCUCUACUCUGUCCUUCAAAGAGGAGGAGCAAGGAGAGGUUAUUAAAGUGACCUCUAAAAUAUCAUCCAGCAGGGCUGAAGUGAUUGAAGGAACCAUAACCUCUGUCAAGAAAAGAGGGAGGUUAAACCUGCAUGGAGGAAUCCUUGCAAAUGCAAAGAUGUAACCAUCAGGACCCUGUUCACAAGCAUUUGAGGGGGAACAGUCUCCACUCGGCCUUGAAAUUGCUCCUCUGGGCACAAAGCUGCACUGGGCUCGCAGGAAGCCUCCCUUAAAAACACGUAACCUCCCCUGGGGACACCAACCCAGGGAUGGCUUCCUUGCGGGUCCUGCCACACAGAGGCCGAGCUUGGCACAUUGCUCCCUUUUAAAUGGGGUGGGGGCACACAGGACAGGUAGCUAGAGAUGCAUGUUGGUCAUUGUGGUGGUGGCACACGGAUGCACAGCACGCUCCCUCUCCUCCUGCGGUGGGCGGGCGAGGGGCAGCCAGCUGGGAAUUCUGCUGAGCCAGCUCUCUGGGGAGGGGAGGGAAACAACUCAACAUGUUUACUGUAACUAGUUUCAAGGCUACAUACCUUCAUCUACUAUCCAAAUCCAUGUACAGCUAAACUUUUCCCCACUCCUCGAAUUGUAGCCGUCCACUUUUAACCCUAGAAGCACAGAAAUAGCCAUAACUGGACUGUAACCACACCUGACAUCUGAUCUCAGCCACGUAUAGUUUUGAACUAUAAGGAAUGUUAAUUUUUCUUUGUACUGACCAGUCUUGAUUUCUGACAGCACUAGUCAAGCCAGGCACAUGGGGUUUAUAAGCAGCAGGCACAGGGCAGGAACUGCUACAUUUGAGGUGAAGGCACCACCAUGCUGGGGUGCAGUACUUCAUGUGGUAUCACUGUCUCCCAAAUAUGAGGGUCUGAGGGCCCCUUGUUUGGCUGCACAGUCUUCAUGUGAAAAACCUGUGCCCAGAUUAACAUCGUGCCCCAGUCAGCACUGGGAAGCUGAAGGACUCCUGAACACCAGCCUGCAAAGCAUCCUUGUCUCUGCUCUAACUGUUCCAAUCUGUGCCAAAUUUGAUAUAGGAUUUAACAACUAUAGGUUUCCUUCAAUGCCUUAAAUUGCCAGCAAUCGCUUUUGCAAGAGCAGGAGACUCCGUGUGUUGUGUGUCAGUGCCCUGGCAGGGUUAUCAUCAUCAGACCUCGCUGCCCUUGCAGUGCUGCCAGAGUAGUUCCUGGAACCAGCAAAUUGUUUGCUCGCACUCUUUCCUCUUCUAUUGUAAGGCACAAGUUAAUAAUUAAAAAAAGAAAUAGUUGUGUGGAUCAAA